AAUAAUUAAUAUAAUACUUUAUUGGUUACUAAAUUAAAUGGAUAUUAUUUUGAAUUGAUUAUAUUAAUUUAUACUUAACAAUAUUUAUUAAACACUUUAUCAAAAUCAAUGUAUUAACGCAUUCUCUUUUUAAAAUUGUAUAACAUGUAAUAUACAAUGGCAGUGAUAAAAUUUUGAAUAGAUGCACUGUUUUGCUUAGUUUAUUUCACCAAUCUUUGUUCACUCGUAAAACUUAAAAACUAAAUUAUUUGUUAACGGCCAAAUACUAUAGUAUAAUAACAAAUCAUGAUCAAAUCAACCAAAGAUAAAGAUGAUCCAGCUGAGGUAUAUGAAGUAUCGCUCAAAUCUAAGUCAGAAAAACCAAACCUGGACGGAGAUCGGUUGAAUAUAUUCCUAUUAAUAUUACUAUACACAAUACAAGGAUUUCCUAUAGGCAUAUCCACAGCUCUUCCGUUGAUUUUACAGAGUAAAGAAAUGGUAACAUAUGAAGAUCAAGCAGCAUUUAGUAUGGCAUUAUGGCCUUAUAGCAUUAAACUCUUAUGGGCUCCAAUUAUUGACGCACUCUAUAUAAAUUCGAUUGGUAGACGAAAAUCCUGGCUAUUACCUCUUCAAAUAUUAAUGGGGAUCACAUUUUUUUAUAUGGCCAUUAAUAUGGAUAAUUGGUUGCCCGAGAAAGGAAAACCAAAUCUUGAAAUGAUAGUGCGUUUGAUCUUCCUUGUUAAUUUUUUAUCUGCAACUCAAGAUAUCGCCGUCGAUGGUUGGUCGUUGUCAGUGUUAAAGAAGAAAAACGUGAGUUAUGCCUCCUUGUGUCCUUCUAUUGGAGUACCGAUUGGAAUGUUCUCAGGUUCAGUUUGCUUCACUUUGCUGGUAUCUGAACAGUUCAGCGUCAAAUAUUUAGGAACCACAACCGGAAAAGGAGGAAUUAUAACUAUGAAAAGUUUUUUUAAUAUUUGGGCUGUAAUCAUUUUGAUGGUCACAACAUUCAUUGGACUUUUCAAAAAAGAAAAGCAUACAAUGGAAGAUGGCCGCAAAAAAAUCAGUGUUUUUCAGAAUUAUAAGCUAUUGUGGGACAUUUUGAAGCUUCCUCGUAUUAAAGUAUUGGCACUAGCAUUACUUACAAUAAAGAUAGGAUUUACUGUUAUGGAGACUAUACCGAACUUGAAAUUAAUUGACGCUGGCGUACCUAAGGAUGACAUUAUGAUGAUUACUUCAGUAAUGUAUGCAAUUAAAUUUUUUUUCCCAAUGUUUAUAUGUAAAUAUGUUACGAGUUCAAAGCCAAUGAGUUACCAUCUGAAAAUGACGCCCGUCAGAUUAAUUUGGGGUAUUGUACUCUGUGCGUUGGUUUAUUAUACACCAAGUUUAAUAAAAAAAAAUGGAGUUGUUACUAUACCGGCAUAUUAUUAUGUUAUUUUAGGAUUGGUAUCUCUUGUAAACGAGAUGUUGAGUUUAUUUUUGAUGCUGACACUACUUGCAUUCUUUUGUAAAAUAAGUGAUCCUCAUUUUGGUGGAACGUAUAUGACACUAUAUAACACAUUUUAUUUUUUGGGAUGGUUAAUACCAAAUACAUUUGUUUUGAAGCUAAUUGAUCUUUUGACUUUCAAUGAAUGUUCAAAUAACUCUUUAAAUACAUGUUACACAAACGAUUUAAAAAAGUUAUGCAAAAAAAAUGGAGGAACUUGUGGAAUUUAUGUGGACGGAUACUAUUUAGUAGUGUUCAUAUGUACGACACUUGGGUUCGUUUGGUAUUUUAGUUUUAAAAAUAUCUUAAAAAAAUACCAAUUAGUGGAACUUUAUCACUGGAUGGUACAUGGAAAACAACUAAGAACUGAUGAAGUAAACGAACCAUGCAUUAUGUCAUCACCGUGAUUGCAAACAAUAAUGGCCAUACUAAGUACUUGGUAAUCCAAGUAUAUUUUAAAUAUUACAGUGUUAAUUAAAACAUUUUGGUUUUAAAAUAAAAUAAAAAAAAGUCAUUUACGUUCUUUAGACGUACACUUAAAAGAUUGUAAAAUGUGCUGCAACAUUUUUUUUCUAUCACAAAUGAUUAUUAUUCAAACCGGUUUUUCUAUUUUGUGUGUAGGCAUUCAAUGAAAUAAACCUUGGGUAGACACGUCUUCCCAUUGCACUUAGAUUUACCCAUGAAAACAUUUAACGAGUGAUCUAAUGAUAAACAG